CCGGCGGCAGCGGCGCGGGCGCUCCGGGCGGGACCGGCGGCGGACGGGGCGCGGGUGGAGGCCAGAGCCCCAGCGAUGCUGCGGUCCCUGCGCCCCAUCCCGCAGCUGUGCCCGCGGCUGUGCCCCCCGGGGCCGUGGCAGCCCCGGCGCCGCCUGGCCGCGCCCCCCGGCGCCGCUGGGCUCCCGCUGCGGCAGCGGCUGUGCGUGGCGGGCGCGGUGGCGGGCGCGGCGGCGGCGGGCUGGCUCUACGUGCGGCAGCAGAAGGAGCGGCAGCAGCGCUCCCGCCGCCUCCAGCAGCUCCGCCGGCUGGCGCUGGGCCAGGGCGACUUCCAGCUGCAGGACACGUCGGGGGCGGCGCGGAGCAAGGCGGAUUUCCUGGGCCGCUGGGUGCUGCUCUACUUCGGCUUCACGCACUGCCCGGACGUGUGUCCCGAGGAGCUGGAGAAGCUGAGCCGCGCCGUGGAGCUGCUGGAGCGCGACCCGGCGCUGCCGCCGCUGCAGCCGCUCUUUGUCACCGUGGACCCCGAGCGCGACGACGCGGCGGCGCUGGCGCGGUACCUGCGGGACUUCCACCCGCGCCUGCAGGGCCUCACCGGCACCCCCGAGCAGGUGCGGGCCGCCGCCAACGCCUUCCGCGUCUACGUCAGCGCCGGGCCCCGCGACGACGACGGCGACUACGUGGUGGAUCACUCGGUGCUCACGUUCCUCGUGGAUCCCGACGGCGUUUUCCGGGACUGCUACGGCCGCUCCCGCACGGCCGAGGAGAUGGCGCGCAGCGUCAAGGGACACAUGGACGCCUACGAGCCGCUGCCCCCCGCGGGAGGGCAAUAAACGGCCGUGACCCCCA